UUCAUUUAGCUUUUGACUGAAGUACCCUCCCCUGAAUUGACAAGUCUCUUUGCAUCCACAUUUAAGCCUCUUAACUGAAUCUUUACAUAUAAAUAGUUUUAUUUAUCAUCAUGUCAUUUAUGCCCCUUGCCAAAAUGUAAUGCACAAAGCCAUUUUCGUUGAGUCCCUGCUGCACUCUCAGAGCGUUAUGAUUGGUUGAAUGGCAAGCUUGCAUCUGAUUGGCUACAGAGUAUGACGGACCCCUGUGAGAGUAGAGCUGGCAUGAAAGUCUUCAAAAUACACAACCGAUACCAAGACAAACUAAUAACAUAAUUCCCUAAGCUUCCACAGUUUGCAUACAGGAAUAUUUAUAAACCAUAAGAAACAAAUGAAUGCAGUUAAUUACUAAAAACAGUCAUGUGAUUGGUCAAACUUGGACGUUUCGCUGGUUUUAAUGUUUUUACUCCGGUAGGUGGAAACAAAUGACCGUUUUAAGGGUUUUAAGACCGUCAAUGGUUCAUUCAACCGAUUCGUUCAAACGAGUCAUUGAAUCAGUCAUUCAACAGUUUUGUUCAAAAUCAACGAAUCGUUGAAGAGUUUCAGGAACGAAUUCAAGUGCAGCGGUUCUGCUGUGUCUUCGUUUGGAAAGAAGACAACGUAAUUGCCAAUAUUGUGUCUAAAAUGCUUUGCUGUGGAAACUGAAGAAAUGUUAGAAAUACAAAUAAUCAAGACUGAAGAUCCCGGAUGUCUGUGGGCUCAGGUUCUGAAAGGACCAGGCAUUCAGCCGGACAGUCCAGAGGAACAUGAGAACCUGAGAGUGAAAAUGAACCUCUUAUACCAUUAGGUCGACCUAGACGUCUAGAAACUAAAGCCUGCUGAACUGAAGGAGGGUUUACAUGAAAUACUGUCGACUCUGGUUGAGGCCGUUCUGUGUGAAACGCAGGCAGGCUGCUCUGCCAUUGAACUCUACUUGACUGUCAAUAACACAAAACUCUGUGUGAACCAUGAGCUCAUGGCGAAGAAGUUUGCCUGUUUCAUGAAAGAGGAGUCCAGUGCGCUGGAAGGGAACAGGAACAGAGAUUGUGCUCCUGUCAGCCUGGCGUGGGACAUCUACUCCAGCCCUCAACAGCUCUUAGAAAUGAAAGGAUGCUGUCCUGUCAAACCUCCACCGUUCUCCAUUCUCACCAGAAAAGAGCAGAAAGAUGAUCGUCAGACAGAAGCAGAAGAAGUUUCUCAUCUGGAGAGGCAGAAACCACAAGUGUCAGAGGAAGCAGACAUGCUGUCUCAGGUUAACCCUCGAGUCUCUAAACUGACCCGCAAUGCUGGAACGGAUACUAUUGGCAGAGGAUGGCGUAUCAGAGCCGAGGCCACAGAUGAACGCUGUGCUCAGACUGAUAUACACAAGCCUCAUGGAGAAAAGCCAUCGGCCGUGGGACGCAUGUCAUUCUGGACUGUUGUGUUUUUGUUUUCACGGAAACAUGGUCUUAGCAACAGUGUUCCGGACUGCGCAAUUCUUCUUGAUCAGCUGACAUGCUAUCGAGCGGACAGAGUUCUCGUCGAGGGAGUUACCACCAAUGACUGCCUUAAGGCUCUCGGGAUCCGGGACGCCACAUGUGUGGUGCAUUAUGGGUUCCCCAGCUCCCCCAAACUCUUUGGCAGUCGCCUGUUCUGCCUGUCAGAGAAUUUCAGAAACAUUCCAGAAAUGGAUCAUGCCGAGAGCUCCUCUCCUGCAGCUCAGUCCGUGUUGCUGCUGUCGGAGCUGAACGCCCGUCACGUGUGUGGCGUCCUGCGGUACCUGAGGAGAAGCGGCGCUCUUCUGCCCCCUGAGCUGCUACAGUUUGCUCUGGGCAUCCAGCAGGCCAAAGAGGAGCAGAAGACAGACAGACCCCUCUGCAACUCGCUCAAGAGCUUCGGCUUCUGCAGAGACAGCACAGUUUGUCCAGAUAGACACAUGAUCAACGAAUCCCUGGAUCAUCCAAAGCACCCUGACUCUGGGACUGUCAUGGUUUUGCCGCUGUGCAUAAAGUCAGCGAAUGUGUACUCUGGCCGUAUCGUGAGCCAGAAAGACGAUGGUUAUGAGACUCUGGCUGUUCAAAUGAAUGCACACUACGCUAUUGAGAGACGCUGUGCUGUGGAAGUGCUGAAGGGAGAGUUAUAUGCCAUUCAAGAGGAGAAUAUCUAUCACCGGGUGCGUGUGAUUGAAGUGCCGGAAAAAGGAGAGCAGCUAUUCAGCAGCGUCACUGUCUGCUUCAUAGACGAGGGUCGCACACAGGAAGUGAAAUCACACCGGCUGCUCCAACUUCCUCCUCAGUUUCAGGAUUCGCCAGGCCAGGCUGUGGAGAUCAACCUGUGCAGAGUGCAACCUGUCGACGGGGAGGUGGACUGGAACCCGAAGGUGACCAGAGCCAUCAGUCAGAAGAUCAAAGGGAAGCUGCAUCAGGCCAGGGUUGUGAUGAGUGUGGGAAAUACUGUCUGGGUUCAUCCUAUGAUAGGCGUGCGCAUGACACGUGUUCCUGGUCUGAAGACCUACAUUAAUGAGUAUAAUGUCCAUGCUGAGAUCUUGGCUUCUGGGUUUGGUGUCAAUAAUCCUCAGCACUUGGACCUGCUGAAGAGAGUUUUCCAGAGAGACGAGAACACAAACACACUCCAGCACUUGACAGAUGACAGGUUUGAGAGUCCUUCGUCAUCCUCACAGCAGAGAGUUGAGGUUACAGAAGACGUUCUUACCAGUAAGAUGAAGGAUUUAGUCAGCAGGCAUAAUGCCAUGGACUUCAGCCAGACUCCCAUCAGCCCCCAGAACAACAGUGCUGUCCAGUGCAAUGGAGACCUGAAGGACAGUGAUGAUGAUGAUGAGGAAGAUGAUUCAUCAGAGGGAAGAAUGGCAAUCAAGAGCCCUGAUCUGAAUGGAUUCUCAUCUCUGAAGCAGACCAGACCGGCCAGCUCUGAAACAGAAACCACAGAACUUCCACAAUCCAGCCCCUAUAUCAUUCCAGCCUACAAGUUUUCACCCACAGUGAAGCAGAAGUGUGAUUUCUGCUCAGACACCGUCAUUUACAGUGGGUACGUGAAUGACCGGCAUUACUAUGCAAAGCUUGAGCUGUCCGGUGACAUCAUUGCGGAGGAGUGCUCAUGGGAAAUGAGGUGUAAUGAGUCGGUGAUGAAGCUGAAGAAGAAGGAAAAGCAGGACUGGAGAACACUCCUCAAACACAAGAGUCCAUUUGUCAGCUAUGAAUUCGACUUCAUUGAUGAGACUCCUGUUUCUUCAUUAAACGGGCACUUGUUCCUGGCUGAGGUGGGAGAGGAGGGCUGUUACGUCAGCUCUGAGAGCACCAGCGACAGUGACUGAAUACAGCAGAUCACAGUAGUGCUACAGUACAUUAAUUGAGAAUAUCCGGCUCUACUAAAAUUUCAUUGUCCAAGUAACAAUAAUAAUGAUAAUAAUAAUAAAUUCUUUUAUUUUCAGUAUGUUGGGGUUAUGAGUCCCACAGCCAUGUCUUUUGAAUGGCUUUCUUGAGUUAUGCUAGUUUUGUUAAUAAAAUCUCGUUUUGUGAACGUCAACCUUGUUGUGAAGCACUGAUUGACUGCAGUGCAUAUAGUGUGAAGUGUUUUUGUUUGUUUUCUCAUAUGAAUAUUUCAUUAUUGUAGAUUUCAUAAAUUGUUACUACACAUUGUGUAACAAAAAUAUAUAAAUUACCAUCCAUGUUCUUUAUGAAGCAAUA